AUGGAUGAAAGUUUAUCUGAUAUUUUUGAAGACAAAGAGUUCGGCGGGGACGAUCUCUUUGCCAUCUUGGAGAGCCUAGAAUCAGAUUUUACUGAUUUCCCUCUCAUUAACGAAAAUGUUACUAUCUCAAUUUCCAAAGACAUGAACGAGGAUGUCUCAAGGUUGGUGUCCCAAAAGUCAACCUCUUCAAGUGCUCCACUAGAUUCCGAAACCGAACCUGAAACCUCACCCAAAACCAAGAGACAAAAACUUACCCCUACUUCCUCGGAGGAAGCAAACCCAGAUGGACAACAAAGGAUGUCCCACAUUACCGUGGAACGCAACCGAAGGAAGCAAAUGAAUGAGCACUUGUCCGUGUUGAGAUCACUCAUGCCUUGCUUUUAUGUCAAAAGAGGAGAUCAAGCAUCGAUAAUUGGAGGUGUGGUUGAUUACAUAAACGAGUUGCAGCAGGUGCUCCAAGCCCUGGAGGCGAAGAAGCAAAGAAAAGUUUACAGCGAAGUACUAAGCCCUAGGCUUGUUUCAAGCCCAAGGCCUUCCCCACUUAGUCCCCGAAAACCACCUCUUAGCCCAAGACUAAACUUACCCAUUAGUCCAAGGACACCACAACCACAACCAGGUAGCCCUUAUAGGCCUAGGUUACAACAAGGCUACAAUAAUAUUAUUUCACCAAUUCUAGACCCAUCUCCUACUUCUUCAGCUUCCUCCAUCAACGACAACAUCAAUGAGCUCGUUGCCAAUUCCAAGUCCCCUGCUGCUGACGUGGAGGUCAAGUUUUCAGGUCCACAUGUUCUUUUGAAAACGGUGUCGCACAGAAUUCCCGGCCAAGCUCUCAAGAUCAUAAUGGCUCUUGAAGAUCUUGCGCUCGAAAUUCUCCAUGUCAACAUUAGCUGUGCUUCUGAUGAUACCAUGUUAAACUCAUUCACUAUCAAGAUUGGGAUUGAAUGUCAACUGAGUGCCGAAGAACUCGCUCAACAAAUCCAGCAAACAUUCUGCUAA